AUGUCUUUAAAUAAUCGUCAAGACAAUAGAGAUCCUAAAGCUGUCAAGCAGAAGGCAGCUGAAGUUAAGUUACACUUAUUAGGUGUAAUGCAAACUAUGCAGAAGGAAGGAAAAAUGCCCCAUAAUACUGAGUUGAAUGAUCUUUUGGAAAAGCUAAAGACAAAUAGAAUUAUUUCUUCAAGAGAACAUUUAAUGUCUACAGAUGGCAAAAAUCUAUUACAUGAUUUCCGUGAUUUACUCAAUGUUAUUCAAAAGGCAUUAAUCGUUAAGAAUAAAGAUGAGUUAUUCCAAUCUCUUGUUUAUCACAUUCAUUGUAUGGAUACUCCUAUUUCAAAAGAAAAUAUUCGUGAAUCGAUAAAGUCACAGAAUAGAGGCGCCUCUGCUCAACAAGAAGGAAAGAAAGGCUCAAACGCUUUAAUGAAAAUCGUUAAACUCAUGUUAAUUAACAACGAAUUUCGUUCAGUCUUGGGUGAACUUCUUGAUAUUUCUCAAGAUAUUUUCAAUAACAUGACUCAUAAAAUGGGUAAUUCUAUUCAACAAACAGGCUCUAAUAAUAAUAACAAUAAUCGUUCUGGUAAAGAAAGAAUGGAUAACGUACUUGAUAGUGCUGUAAAUCGUUUGGAUGAUAAUCAAGAAUAUCAUCGUGAUCGUAGUGGCAGUCGUUCUUCCUAUCAUGAUCGUGAACCUCAACUUAUUAAUGCACCUUCUGAUGAUCAUAGACAUCAAGGUCUUCUUAAUACUGGAGAUACUGUUCACCCCAGAGCUAUUCCUGGUAUUUUAUCAGAUAUAAAUACAAAUGUAGCCUCAAGUGGUGGUAUUCAAAAUCCUGAAUAUUCACAUUUGCCUCCUAAUACUAUGAAUCAUAUCUCUGGUAAAUCAGUGAAUGCUCCUAGACACUCUACUAAUAUGGCUUCUGGUACUUAUAAUAAUUAUGGACCUCAAGAAGGCUAUUCUUCUGGUACAGGUAAUAUAAAUGCUCCUUCUGGUAAUAAGCCUUAUUAUUCUGAACAACAAGACAAUUUCCAUCAUAAUGACUUCAAUACUCAACAGAGGAACCAAAGUCAUCCUUAUGCUCAACAUGCUCGUGAUACUGUUGAUGAACAUAAGCAGUAUGCUCGCGAUACUGUCAAUGAAAAGCUUCCUCAGGAAAAGCAAGAUGAACUCAUUCGUCGUCUCAAGAAUGCGCUUGCAGAAGUUGAAAGAAAUCCUGAUUUUCAAAGUGCCAUUAGCACCCUUAUCCAUCUUAUUAAGACCUGGAGCAACCGUCUUUCACAUGUUUCAGAUAACAUGAAAUCCGAAGCCAAGCAGAAUGAGACACCUGAACAAAUGGAUUACAAGGACAGAGCUCAAAGUGAAUUUAAAGCUAUUCUUGAAACUUGGACCCAAGGAUUUUCUAUUGAUCCCCUUUUGAAUGGUGUUCAAAAUGUAAUGCAUGAUAUGGAACACGAUGACGCACUUCGUAACUACUAUGACUCUAUUGUUAAUUAUGUUAAGCGUUUAGUUCGUGAUCCUGAAUAUGCUCGAAGAGAUGCAUCCACGGAGGAUGGUCGUAAGUUAAUGGAUAAAGGUAAUUCUAUUAUUAAGGAUCGAUAUCGCGAUCAUCUUGAUUACUUGACAUCCGAAUCACGUCAUUAUAUGCGUUUGAUGACUGAUGAUGAAAUUGCUCAAGAGCUCCGUAAUUGUGUUAGUAAGAUUCACAAUGAUUUAUGGAAAGAUAAUGACGGUAACCCUGCCUUCAAACCUCAUCUAUUUAAUGAUAUGCGUAUGACGUUAUUGCCUGCCUUUAUCGAUGAAAUCAAAUAUAUUCCUAUCCCUCGUAUUGAAUACAGUGACGCCCAAUAUGAUAUUGCCAUUGAAAAUCUCAUUUUAUCUGGUGAUUCUCUCCUGCCUAACGUUUUUGAUACUAAACUUGAAAGCUUCAACAGUUUUAGCUUAAAGACAGAUGCACCUUCUAAACCUAGCCAUCAAAGUAUGUUGAUUCGUAUGAGUGAAAUUCAAGCUAAAGUUGAAGAUGUCGUCUUUUAUUACAAAAAGAAAACUGGUUUCCCUAGAAUCUCUGACAGUGGUGUUGCCUCUCUUAAUAUUGGUGGAAAGGGUAUCACGGUCACGACUCGCAUCAACAGUAUUGUGGAUGAUCCCACCCGAACAUUUAAGGUUACAUACUGUAAGUGCAACGUUGAUAAUUUAAGCAUUAAGGUGAAUGAUAGUCAUCAUGAUAUACUUUACAAGGCUAUUCGCCCUUUGGUUAUUGGUCAGAUCCGCAAACAAAUUUCUAAAGGUGUUGAAAUGAAGGUCAUUGACACAUUAAAUCAAAUUGAUCAACGAUUGACAAGCAGCAUAACUCAUAUGAAUCAAAAGUUGCAAGACAAAGCGUAUAAUGCUUUGCCUGAAGAGGAAAGAGUCAAUCUUUCAGCCGCUAAUACUUCCUCACAAGCGCAAACUCGACAUGGAUUCUUUUCUACUGUUGUUAACCUCAUUAAUCAUAACAUUAAACAAAGAUCAACAAGACAUCGU